CCAUCGACGAGCACGAUGUGGCGGCAGAAGGUGGGGUCCGACGGAUAGACAGCUCGGUCUUGGAGGAGGAGAAGAAGGAGAAAGAGGCAUCGGUGACUUGGAUGUCCUUGCCACAUAAAAGACAGUUGAUCAUCCUUACUCUGGCCCGGCUGUCAGAGCCAGUGGUGCAGACCUCGCUGCAGACGUACAUGUUUUACCAACUCAGGUCCUUCGACGAAAGUCUUCCCGAUUCCGUAAUUGCAACACAGGCGGGGCUGUUGGCGAGCAGUUUUACUGGUGCACAAUUCCUGACAGCAAUGAUGUGGGGACGAAUAUCGGAUUCGGAGAAAGGAGGGAGAAAGUUCGUGUUGCUUGUUGGACUUCUUGGGACGAUGCUCUCGUGCAUUGGCUUUGGAUUUUCAAAAACCUUUUGGCAGGCCAUGAUAUUUCGAACGAUGGGUGGUGCUCUGAACGGGAAUGUCGGGGUGAUGAAGACUAUGGUAUCAGAGAUCGUGCAAGAGAAGAAGUUUCAAUCAAGAGCGUUUCUGUUAUUUCCGAUGUGCUACAACGUCGGUGUAAUCAUCGGGCCCAUCUUGGGAGGACUCCUAGCCGACCCUGCUGGAUCUUAUCCGAACAUCUUUGGAAAUGUCAAGUUUCUAAAGGAGUAUCCAUAUGCACCACCCAAUCUUCUGAAUGCGUUCUUCCUGCUUAGUGCUGCGAUAGGAACAUUCUUUGGACUAGCUGAGACCCUCGAAUCUAUACGCCAUAACGAGGACCUGGGAAUAAAAUGUGGUCGCAAGCUCAUGGAGAUCGUCUUCAGGUGCAAGUCCGACUCCUCUCACGCAUACACUUCCAUCGCCAGCGACGAACGCGCUGGAUCCUCACUUGAGUCAGAUGUUGAGAUGUCUCCUAUUACCCCAGUCAGCGAACCAAUGAGGAGAAAGUCAAUUCCCCGAUGGCGACAGAAGUUGCCAUUCCGCCGGAUCUCCACUCAUAACGUGAUAUGCACACUGGUUGCACACACCAUCCUUGCUACUCAUCUCGGCGCAUUCAACAGCCUUUGGUUCGUUUUCCUAUCAACCCCAGUGGCGAAUCCCGCACAUCCAAAUCCACCAAACUACCAACGCCGUCUCCCCUUCAUAUUCACUGGUGGUCUCGGUAUGCCGCCGCGAGACGUUGGGCUGGCCAUGUCUGUUCUUGGAAUCCUAGGGAUCGUGAUGCAGCUCGUAAUCUACCCCAUCGUGAAUAACAAACUUGGCGUUGUCAGAUCGUGGCGUAUAUUUCUAUUAUGCUUCCCCAUCGCGUAUGUUCUCGUUCCAUAUCUGGCGAUUGUACCUUCAAAAACACCACCUCCGGCAGAGAAAGAUGGGAUCUUAGUAUGGCUGGCCCUCUGCUUCGUUUUAUUUGUCCAGGUCACAGGUCGAACGUUUGCUUUGCCCGCUACCACGAUCCUCGUCAAUAAUGCCUCGCCACACCCAUCUGUCUUAGGUACCAUGCAUGGGAUCGGACAGAGUCUCUCUAGUGCAGGUCGCACAGUGGGCCCUAGUUUGGGGGGUGCGCUUUAUGGUGUUGGCCUAAGACAUGGGGUUGUGGGUGCUGUGUGGUGGGGGCUGAGUGCCUGGGCUGUUCUUAAUUGCAUUGCCAGCUUUUGGGUGAGGGAAGGUGAUGGGCAUGAGAUUAAACUAGAAGGGGAUGUUGAGGCAGAAGCGGAGUUUCAAGCACAGAGGCGAAGAGAAGUUUAGAAGUUGAGUUCUACGGUAUAAUAUUAUAGAGCAUAUAGACCGAGACUUUUUAUUUUUAUAUACUAUAGAGCAACAGUAAAUGUUAAUUUAAAUAAAUCAC